AGGUUUGGCUUUUUUUCUCACUGUUCACUAGAUUAAAAAUUAAAGGAAAGAAGAGUGCAGAAGGAAGGCUAUCGACCGGUUCAUUAAUUUUGUUCUUUUAUAAAUUAUCUGUCCAAUAGAAGUUGACGACGUUAUUUGAUCGACAGACACAGAAGUAUUAUUUAACGGAGUGAAAAAUUCUACGCUAGUAAAUAUGAAGCAUUUAGCAACAUUUUUAAUUUUUACCCUGAUUGGAGUAACAUUAAGUUCAGAUGCUAAAGGUCCCAAAGUAACUGAUAAGGUUUAUUUUGAUAUUACAAUUGGGGGUGAACCAGCUGGGCGUAUUACAAUAGGAUUAUUUGGCGCUACUGUUCCAAAAACAACUAAAAAUUUUAAAGAAUUAGCUGAAAAACCGGAGGGUGAAGGUUUUAAAGGCAGCAAGUUUCAUCGUGUUAUCAAAGAUUUUAUGAUUCAAGGUGGUGACUUUACUAAAGGUGAUGGAACCGGCGGCCGUAGCAUUUAUGGCGAACGUUUUGCAGAUGAAAAUUUCAAACUUAAACAUUACGGAUCUGGUUGGUUAAGCAUGGCUAAUGCUGGAAAAGACACAAAUGGUUCUCAAUUUUUCAUUACAACUAAACAAACUAGCUGGUUAGAUGGAAGACAUGUUGUGUUUGGUAAAGUGUUAUCUGGUAUGAAAGUUGUGCGGCAAAUAGAGGGUACACAAACUGACUCACGAGAUAGACCUGUAAAGGACGUUGUUAUAUCUGACUCAGGUUCAAUUGAAGUAACAGAGCCAUUCUCGGUAUCGAAAAGUAGUGCUGAGGAAUAAGAAAUCAAUUUAGAAAAUUAUUUACGCAAUACAUACAAUAAAAGCAAUAAGCUAAAUUUCAAUGGUAUUCGAUUAAGAUAAAUACUUUUUUUACUUUAGUUUAAAUAAUUAUCUAUUAUUGUGCUAAUUCAUUUGCAUUUAUAAGAGAAGUUUUAAGACAAAUAAAAGGAACGUAUACAAAAAAAUGAAUUUCUU